GUUGUUCUUUUUUCUUCAUGCUGUGGCGCUCACCAGCGGCGUGUCCGAAGCGUCAGGAAUGAUAUGGCGAACGGCUCGUUUGCUGUUCGGUGGUGGUGGCACCCUAGGCGGCGUCAAAAAAGUAGGUGCAGUUAAGUUGCACUACAGCAAUUGGGUGCUUAGCGACCCCACGAGGGCACUCAUCAGCUCCCUUCAUCACCCGCUCGUCACAGAGUACUUGAUACGGCUCAACGACAAGCGUGUUGCGAUCGAAAAAUGGCAAGAAGAUUCAGUGAGCAAUUCAAACAUUCCUCCACUUCUUAACAAGAUUGAUUCUUCGCCGUUUGACUACGUGAAGUGGAACACAACGUAUCGUGACGAGGUCGAUACUGCCCAAAAAGUCGCGUCUGUCCUGCUGCAGCUCGACGAGAACGUUGCGUUGCGUGACCAGCUACAGGCAAAGGCAACACGAAACGAGGGAGAUGAGGAGAUGCUUGAGCUGGUGAAAGAGGACGUGGCUUCUUUCACAGAGCAGCUGCGUGCGCUGGAUGGAGACGUGAACGCGUUGAUGGAGCGGCGUAUUGGAUCGGAUGACAUGGUUGGCUCGUCCACCAACGUCUGGAAUAUCAAUGUUGAGGGCAAGGCCGGGGGUGAAGAGGCGAGUCUCUUCGCUGCGGAACUGGCAGAGGUGCUCCGCGCCUAUGCAGUGGAGUGCCGUCAGUGGCAGAUUCGCCCGGUGGAAAAGGGGGACGGCAGCGAGGCCCCUCUCACGAACGAGUUUCAGGUAUGCGGCGAUAAAGUGUACCGCAACUUUCGCCACGAAAUCGGAAUUCACAAAGUUCAGCGCGUGCCCGUCACCGACGCUGCCGGCAAGAUGCAAACUUCCACUGCGGUGUUCACCAUGAUGCCGGUGUUGGAUCCUGUAUCGGUCAACGUGCUCGAGGGCGACUGCAAGAUCGACUUUGUUCGCGGGUCUGGUCCUGGCGGACAAGGGAUGCAAAGCAGUUCAAACUGUGUUGUCCUGACUCACAAGCCGUCUGGCAUUUCAGUCAAGUGCCACCAGUCGCGCUCAGCGCUCGGAAACAAGGAGCUGGCCCUGCAGAUGGUUGCUCAACAGAUACUGGCGCAGAAGGUCAAGGAGCAAAACAGUUCAGUGCACGAGGCAUGGCGAAACCAGUGGAGUAGUGGGGAGCGUUCUGACAAGAUGAGAACGUACAACUACCCACAAAAUCGCGUGACAGACCAUCGCAUCGGCAAAGACUUUCCGUUGUCUUCGUUUAUGAAUCACGGGAAAGGGUUGGAAGGCCUCCACGAUGAACUCAACGCCAUCAGUGACCAUGAGCAGAUGAACAGCGUGCUCCUCAAACACAUCCAAGGCGAAUUUGGAAGCGCUGUCUAA